AUGACUGAUUUCUACGAAAUACUCGAAAUUGAAAAAACAGCUACUGAUGAUGAAGUAAAAAAAGCAUAUCGUCGAUUAGCUUUAAAAUGGCAUCCUGAUAAAAAUCUUUCAAAUAAAAAACAAGCUGAAGAAAAAUUUAAAUUAAUAUCGGAAGCUUAUGAAGUUAUAUCUGAUAAGGAAAAACGUCGAAAAUAUGACCUGUUAGGACGAGCAGGUUUAUCAAAUAAUCACAGCAAUAAUUCACAUUCAUCUAAUGGUGGUUAUUCAAGAUUUUCAGAAGAUUUUCUUAAUCGUACAUUUCAUUUUCACAAUCCAUUUGAUAUAUUCGAACAAUUUAUGUCUCAUUUUGGUGGAAUGGAUGAUGAUUUCGGUUUUGGCAGGAAUCCAUUCGCUGAUUUUCAUCAUCCUCAUAGUCGUUUUGGAAAUUAUAGUUCAUCAUCGUCAUCACGGCGUGACCCCCAUCGACAUCAAAUGGCAUUAUUUGAUAGUAUGUUCUCACCUAUGCGAAUGUCUUUAUUUGAUCGUGAUUCAUUUGGACAUGAUUUGAGCGGAAAUCAUGUUGGAUCAAUAACAUCAGUUAAUUUUUCAUUUGGUAGUGGAAAUGCUCGACCCAUAUCAAAGAAAACAACAAAAUCAACUAAAAUAGUCAAUGGUCGUCGCGUUGUCACUACAAGAGUAGAAGAAAACGAUCAAACAACAGAAACAAUUGAAGAAGAUGGUCGAUUAACAUCACGAAAAGUGAAUGGAGUUUUACAAGCAAUUAAAUGA